AUGAUUCGAAUGUUGCCAAUAUGUGAUUCACGUGCAAGACUUAUGCCUUGCAAUCCAGGAAUGGCAGGUGUUGCACCUGCUAUGGUACCAAUGAUGCCAGCAACAUGUGCGCCAGCAUUAUGUCCGAUGAAUAAUUUAAAUAUGUUUUCAGUUACAUCUCUUAUGAGUGAAUUUGAUUCACAUUUGUAUGGUCGAUUUCGUCAUGUUGAAAGAGACAAUCCACGUUAUCGUCACGCACCAUUUGAUUGGUAUCGACCACCUAAACAAAAUUAUAAUGUUAUUCAUGAAGAUGCAGCUGUUGUUACACAUGAUGGACCUGUACCUAUUGGUGAUUUUUAUCGUUAUUAUAUUUAUGGUGAUGAUAUUGAUGAUUAUGAUGAUUAUUCAUCAUCGUUAGAAUCAGAUGAAUAUGGGGAUUUAGUUGAAUCAGGACCUAGGGGCUAUCGACGAGAUCCUCGAAGAUAUCCUGAUUUUGGUGAUGAAUAUAUUAAUAGUAAUCAACGAUUAAAUCGACCACCAAUGGGUACAGGUAAUUAUACAACACUCAAUCCUAAUCGCCAAGCAAUGUAUCCGGCAGGUGCAACUCGACCACCGAAUUUUCGAGGAACUCGAACAUUAGCUGGUGAUGAUGAGUUUGAUGAUGCAGCUUCAGUGAAUAGUACAUAUGGAAACUGA